AUGAGCACUAACGAAGAAAAACUUCUCUUGGACGAAGUUACGGGAGAGAAAGUAUCCAAGAAUGAAUUGAAGCGACGUAAUAAACAACGUGAAAAGGAUGCCAAGAAAGCUUCCAAGGCUGCUACUACUUCUUCACCUAUAGUUGUCGCCGCUGAAAAGAAAAUUGAAAAUGUUGAAGAAUCUGAGGAAAAUCUAAAUCCCAAUCAAUAUUUCGAAAUUCGUUCUAAGCAAAUUUUGAAACUUAGAGAAACCCAAAAUCCAAACCCUUAUCCACAUAAAUUUUUAGUGGAUAUUUCUAUUCCGGCAUUUAUUGAGAAAUACAAUAGUCUCGAAUCUGGGCAACAUUUAGAUGAAAUAAUUACAGUUGCUGGUCGUAUUCAUAAUAUGAGAGCUCUUAGUGCAAAACUAAGAUUUUAUGAUUUGCACGGUGAAGGAGUUAAAAUUCAAGUGAUGGCCCAAGCUCAGGAUUCUGAACAAAAUUUUGAAGAUUUACAUCGCGUACUUCGUCGUGGAGACAUUGUGGGAGUACGUGGAUGUCCCGGAAAAUCCAAGAAAGGUGAAUUAUCUAUUUUCCCCAAGGAAAUUAAACUACUUUCUCCUUGCCUUCAUAUGUUGCCUAAAGCACAUUAUGGAUUUAAGGAUCAAGAAUCUCGUUAUCGUCAACGUUAUCUUGAUUUGAUUAUGAACAAUUUUGUUCGAGAAAAGUUUACCAUAAGAGCCAAGAUUGUUGAAACUCCCAUGAUGAACAUGAUUGCAGGUGGAGCAACAGCAAAACCAUUUAUAACUCAUCAUAAUGAUCUUAAGUUAGAUCUUUUCAUGAGGGUUGCACCAGAAUUAUAUCUUAAGAUGCUUGUAGUUGGUGGUCUUGAUCGAGUUUAUGAAAUUGGUCGUCAAUUUCGUAAUGAAUCAAUUGAUCUUACUCAUAAUCCGGAAUUUACGACAUGUGAAUUUUAUAUGGCAUACGCUGAUAUGUUUGAUUUAAUGGAUAUUACUGAAAGCAUGAUUUCGAGUAUGGUUAAAUAUAUUACAGGAGGUUAUAAAAUCAUUUAUCAUCCACAAGGUCCGGAAGGACCAGCUUUGAACAUUGAUUUUACACCACCUUUUAAGAGGAUUAAUUUGAUUCAAGCAUUAGAAGAAAAAUUAGGAACCAAGUUUCCAUCAGCUACUGAAUUACAUACUGAUGAAACCAAUAAAUUUUUACAAGAUCUUUGUACUAAACAUGAAGUAGAAUGUUCACAGCCUAGAACUAAUGCUAGAUUAUUAGAUAAACUUGUAGGGGAUUUCAUUGAAGUAGAUUGUGUAUCACCGACUUUUAUUGUUGGUCACCCUCAAAUGAUGUCUCCUCUUGCCAAAAGUCAUCGAGAUAUCAAGGGUCUUUGUGAACGUUUUGAACUUUUUGUUGCAACCAAGGAAGUUUGCAAUGCGUAUACAGAAUUGAAUGAUCCGUUCGAUCAGCGUGAUAGAUUUGAAGAACAGGCACGUCAAAAAGAACAAGGUGAUGAUGAGGCUCAACUUAUUGAUGAAACUUUUUGUACUAGUUUAGAGUACGGACUUCCACCGACUGCCGGAUGGGGGAUGGGUAUAGACCGUCUUACCAUGUUUUUAACAGAUAGUUCAAACAUUAAAGAGGUUCUGCUAUUUCCUGCAAUGAAGCCGGAUGAAAAAAUUAAUGCACCAAGUGAAAUUCCAGCUGUUCUGUAA